CGAGCUCCGCUCAGAGCCACAAGUGUGGGUGUCCGAGCUCCUGUGUGACAAUGUCUGAGCCUAUUAGAGUCCUGGUGACCGGUGCUGCUGGGCAGAUUGCCUAUUCCUUGUUGUUCGGCAUUGCCAAAGGAGAUGUCUUUGGCAAAGAACAGCCAAUCACCUUGAUCCUUUUGGAUAUUGCACCCAUGUUGCCAGUCCUGGAAGGGGUUGUCAUGGAGCUGCAGGACUGUGCCCUCCCACUUCUAAGAGAGGUUAUCCCCACUGACAAAGAGGAGGUUGGCUUCAAGGACCUUGAUGCCGCCAUCCUGGUGGGCUCAAUGCCCAGGAGGGACGGGAUGGAGAGGAAGGACCUUCUCAAAGCCAACGUGGCCAUCUUCAAGAGCCAGGGAGCUGCCCUGGACAAGUAUGCCAAGAAAACAGUCAAGGUGCUGGUUGUGGGAAACCCUGCCAACACAAACUGUUUGAUUGCAGCAAAGUCUGCUCCCUCCAUCCCCAAAGAGAACUUCUCCUGCCUCACCCGUCUGGACCACAACAGAGCUCGCUCUCAGGUGGCAAUCCGCUGUGGUGUUCCUGCCACUCAUGUGAAGAACGUUAUCAUCUGGGGCAACCACUCGUCCACCCAGUACCCAGAUGUGCACCACUGCGUGGUCAACAAGUCCGGCAGCGAUACUGCCUGUUUCGAUGCAGUCAAGGAUGAUGCUUGGCUCAAAGGAGACUUCAUCACUACAGUGCAGCAGAGAGGUGGUGCAGUCAUCAAGGCCAGGAAGUUGUCCAGUGCCAUGUCUGCAGCCAAGGCCAUCUGCGACCACAUGAGAGACAUCUGGUCAGGCACCCCUGAGGGUGAGUUUGUCUCUAUGGGCAUCUACUCCAAUGGAAACGCCUACGGAGUCGCAGAAGAUCUCAUCUACUCAUUCCCUGUCCAGAUCAAGGACAAGGCCUGGAAGAUUGUGGAUGGUCUAAAGAUCAAUGAGUUUUCCCAGUCAAAGAUGGACGCCACGGCUGCAGAACUGAUAGAGGAGAGAGACACGGCGGUGGCGUUCCUGGCAGUAUGACCGAACCCUGCAGGGUCACCCCUCCAGCAACAAGACGGUCCAGAAACUCCAGAAGCACGCCUGUGACAAAGUACUCCAUAAGCCCCUGCAUUGCUGUGUUUGUGUGUCUGAAAAAGGGUCAGUGUUUAUGACUGUGAAGGGGAUUCAUGUUGUUCGUUGAAAUUUCCUGAAUCAGAGCCAAACGUUAUCUGUGAUCUAGAAAAAACAAAGAAUGUACAUUUACUCUGGCCAAGAGGGAUUGGAUGGGAUUAGUCUUGUGUUCAGUAGUCUGCAGAACUCCUGCACAUUACAACACACAACUCUGCCAGCACUAUACAGUAUGGAGGUCCAUCUACUACGUUACCAGCUACUUUCCAAACGUUGUUUCUGCGUCUGAGUGAAUGGAUGACUGUUACAUAUAGUCAGUGAUGCAUUAAGUCCUCAAACACUGAAAUAGUUCAUUUUAACAAUAAAAAUUACAAAAAAAUGGCAUUUGUUUGU